AGCUGUAACUAUGAACUGCGAAAUGCAAUACAUCUGUCAAAUUUACGACAACUCAGCCGUGCUUUGAGCUACGAAGGGAAGGGAUAUUUUCACGUUUAUUUGAAGCUGAGGAAGUUCAGAAACACAUUACCAACCACCGAGCACCUGAACACUUAAUGAGCCUAGCGGUGGAUACUCCUCGGAUCGUGUUGCUAAUAAGCGGCAAGCGAAAAUGUGGCAAAGACUUUCUUUCGGACGCGUUGCUCAAGCGGUACAGACCGGGCUCAAAUUGUGAGGAUUUCAGAGCCCAUUAAGCGACACUGGGCGAACACGAUGGGGCUCGACUUAGACGAGCUGCUCGGGGAUAGUGCAUACAAGGAACGCUAUCGACAGCAAAUGAUCGAGUGGAGCGAAGAGCAGCGUCGCCGGGAUUACGGUAUAUUUUGCCGUGAAGCAUGUCGCACCAUCCUGCGGGAAGUGUGCAUCGUGAGCGAUGUGCGCCGUCGGACGGAUAUAUGUUAUUUUGUUGACACAUACGGUAAAGCACGAAUUCGAACGGUUCGCAUCGAAGCGAACGACGAGGCACGCGCCGUUCGCGGAUGGCACUUUCAACGCGGAGUUGAUGAUGUGCCGUCGGAGUGUGAUUUGGACGUCUUUAACGAGUGGGACCUGCGCAUCGCGAACAAUUGUUCGGCGAAUGUGGAAGACCUACUGGGGCAGAUGGUAAAGCUGCUUGACAGCUAACCGAAUAGGGAUCCCGAUAUUACAUGAAUCCCGAUAGUGCAAACAUUGUCCGUAAAAGCUUAUGGUUUGGGGAUAUUAGGACUUGCUGGAGGAAACAAUUGACCAUGUUAUCCUUUCUAUAUGUUUCGGGUUUAAGGUUCAAGGUACGGAAACAUGCUAUCUUAAGAGUUUGUAUUAUGAAUUAAACACAAUAGCAUUCGAACAGUUACUUGCUGUUUUGUUAGUUUUUCAAGCAUCCCGAAACCUAGAAACGUAAUUUACUUUUCAAGAAAAUUGGUUCCGAAACAUCCUUUAUUUUUAUUUGAGGUUACGUUGAAAUUACGUUGUCCUAAUAAUAUUUUCUAACGAGACUGGAGUUCAUUCAUAAUUUCACUGUUUUCAUUUCAUCGUAGCUGUAGCUGUAGCGUAACUCCAAUGGAUUGGAACAAUUACAGUACAGUGCCGUUUAGUACAGCUUGUUGGUUCCAGUUUAAAAUGUGCGAUAAGCUAGAGCAUGUCCAUUACAACUAUUUGUUAUUAUAUCAUUAUAACUCGACAAACACUCGACAUUAUAACUUGACAAAUAAUGAGAUAUAAAAGAUGCGGAAAAUAGCCCAUAUAAA